CACUGGUUAUCUUCAACGGGGGUGAGCACACAGCACACAAAAACGGCUAAAACCAUAACAAGAAUGGUGUUUGGCUCAAAAAAAAAGAAGAAGAAGAAAUGUUAGGGUUAGGAUGCUUAAACCUCAAUCGAUUCUCUCACUUCCCAUCCCCUCCCUCUCUACCAUCCUCUCGUUCCGAUUUACUUAAGGUUGCGUCUCGUAGAUUCGCUUUAUCAGUGACUAAAACGCAGCAAUCUCCAGUCACUAAGCCACAAUCCACCUCCACCGCUAUAAUUGAAAUAGAUAACCCGGCCAGUGUCAAAAGGCAAUUGGCGCAGCUGUUUGACUUGUCUCUGAGGGCAACUGUGCCCGAUGAGCCAGAUGUUGUGCCGUUAAUUGAUGCUUGUGCUGUUAAAGGUGGCGUCAAAUUUGGUGAUUAUCAAUGUAAUAAUGCAAUGGGUAUAUGGUCUAAGAUGAAGGGAAAGCAGACAGGAUUUAGGGGUCCCCCAGCAAUUGGUCAGGCUAUCGUUAACAAUCUUCCUCCAUCUGAAAUGAUAGAUUCGUGCUCUGUAGCUGGUCCUGGAUUUGUCAAUGUUGUAUUGUCAAAGAAGUGGAUAGCUGAGAGCUUACAGAGAAUGCUAAUUGAUGGUAUCAAUUCAUGGGCACCUCGACUUCCAGUCAAGAGGGCUUUGAUUGAUUUUUCCUCACCUAAUAUAGCAAAGGAAAUGCAUGUUGGCCACCUGAGAUCUACCAUUAUCGGUGAUACAUUAGCUCGUAUGCUUGAAUUUUCACGUGUAGAGUGUGUAAUCCGUAGAAAUCAUGUUGGUGACUGGGGAACACAGUUUGGGAUGCUGAUUACAAACCUCUUUGAAAAAUUUCCAAACCCAGAUGAUGUUAGUGAAGCAGACAUUGGAGAUCUUCAGGCAUUCUAUAAGGCUUCAAAAGUGAGGUUUGAUAGUGAUCCUGAGUUUAAGUUGAGGGCACAGCAGGCAGUUGUCCGCCUCCAGAGUGGAGAAAUCAAGUAUCGCAAGGCAUGGAAACAAAUUUGUGAUGUUAGUAGGGCUGAAUUUGAUAAAGUCUAUCAACGCCUUGGAGUUCAAUUGGAGGAAAGGGGAGAGAGCUUCUAUAAUCCAUAUAUUCCUGGGGUUCUGGAGAAACUAGAUAAUUUAGGACUGAUUGAAGAGAGUGAUGGCGCGCGUGUGAUUUAUGUUGAGGGUGUAGACAUACCACUUAUUGCUGUGAAAAGAGAUGGUGGAUACAACUAUUUUACAACUGAUCUAGCAUCACUUUGGUAUCGUCUAAAUGAAGAAAAACUUGAGUGGAUUGUAUAUGUUACAGAUAUUGGGCAGCAGCAACACUUUGAUAUGCUAUUUAAGGCCUAUAGGCGUGCAGGUUGGUUACCAAAGGAUGAGAAUGCAUAUCCAAAAUGUACUCAUAUAGGUUUUGGUCUUGUUCUUGGGGAAGAUGGAAAACGAUUUCGGACUCGCAGCAGUGAGGUUGUUCGAUUGGUUGAUUUACUUGAUGAAGCUAAAAGGCGCUGUAAAAUUGCCAUUCUUGAACGUGAUACAGCUAAAGAUUGGUCUGAGGAGGAGAUCGAGAAAACAUCCGAGGCAAUUGGUUAUGGGGCCGUUAAGUAUGCUGAUUUGAAGAUCAACAGAUUAACAAAUUACACAUUCAACUUUGAUCAGAUGCUUAAUGAUAAGGGGAAUACUGCUGUUUAUUUGCUGUAUGCACAUGCUAGGAUCUGUUCCAUUAUCAGGAAAUCUGGUAAAGACAUAGAAGAAGUAAAGAGAAACGGGAAAAUAGUGUUGGAUCAUGAAGAUGAACGUGCAUUGGGGCUUCAUUUGCUACAAUUUCCUGAGGUUUAUGAGGAGGCAUGCACCUAUUUGUUGCCCAAUUUCUUGUGUGAAUACCUUUACAAUUUGGCAGAAAUCUUUACAAAAAAAUUUUAUGCUAAUUGUCAGGUUGUGGGGUCGCCUGAGGAAACUAGUAGACUCUUGCUAUGUGAAGCGACGGUGACUGUGAUGAGACACUGCUUUUAUCUCCUUGGAAUUGAACCUGUAUACAGGCUAUGACAUAUAAGAGCUUCAUAUGCAAAUUAUUUAUCAGAUUUUUUUGGGAUAUACAAGUAUAGGAAACUUCACAAUGAAAAUUGUUCAGGCAAAUUCGAUCACCUCUUCCCCUCUUCCAUUUUGUUAAUUGUAUUUGAGUUGUAAAAGAUCCCCUCUUCCAUUUUGUUAAUUGUAUUUGAGUUGUAACUUUUACGAAGGAAAGUAAAUAAUUUAUAGCAAUAUUGUUGACAAGGUCCCAUGAAAUUUAUUUAGAUGAGUUAUAUUUUGCUUUACUUGUGUUCCAAGAGAAAUUACUAGAAAAUGGACGUUAUGGAGUCCAUUGUACAUUUGUACUAAAGAAAAAUGCAACUGUACCUGUUCUUUUGUACUCUUAAUCUCAAAAGUAACAGGACUCUUUUUGUUGUUUGGAAUUAUGUUUUGAGGAGUGAAUGUGAUUACUUUCUGCGUGUUUUGUUUCUUA